AUGAAGGUUGAUACAAGAUCACAUAAUCAUCUUCCAGGAGACGAAGAGAAAAUCAUGACCAGAAAGCAGAAAGCGGAGAAGCAAGAACACGAGCAAUCACCAAACAAGAAACCAAAAUCAGAGGAUAACAACAACAACAAUGGAAAUAAGUCGAAUAACAAAUCUCUAACUGACAUUGUCGCUGAGUUUGAUAACUUCUGUAAAACCACAAGUCAACAUCUCUCGAUUAAGCAGAUGCGUGAUAUCCUCGAAGCUAACAACGCCGAUAGUUCAGGCUCAGAUGAUGCUGUUGUGCCUAGAUGUCAAGAUAUGAUGUUCUACGGAGUGUUAAAGGAGUGUCCUAUCUGCGGUGGAACACUGCAUCACGAUGGUCAUAAUUACAUCUGCGAAGGAUCAUACAGUGAGUGGUCUACAUGCACGUAUAGCACCAAUGAUCCUCCCAGAACCGAAGAGCCUAUCAAAUACCCUGAUUUUGUGCAGGAUUCCCCCAUUUCUGAUUUACUGAUGGAGCAUCGAGACCCCGAAGGGGAAACCGAAGAGGGAUAUACAGUCAAAAGAUAA